AUGUCCAUAGUGCCCCCUUUCCUGGCCAUGGGGCUGCUUCUGUUGGCUGUGCUACAAGGUGCUGCUCGCUCAGAGACAGACUGUGGGCAGAAAGGGUACUCCACGCGCAUCGUUGGGGGGCAGCCGGCCAAUGACGGAGAGUGGCCCUGGCAGGUCAGCAUCCUGCAGGGAGGCAAGCACAUUUGCGGAGGCUCCCUCAUAAACGAGCAAUGGGUGCUGACGGCGGCUCACUGCUUGACUAAGAACAUGGAUGAAUAUGAUGUGGAGGUGGGAGCCUAUCAGCUUCAAAACCCUACCUCGGGAGAUCGACGAAUAUUCACCAUGAGCCACAUGUGCUCCAACCCUGCCUACGAUGGCAACGAGGGCUCCAGUGGGGAUAUUGCCCUAGUGAAGCUGUCAUCGCCCGUAAAUUUCACCAGCAACGUCCUUCCCAUCUGCUUGCCAGAUUCUUCUGUACAGUUCGCAGACGGAGAACCAUGUUGGGUCACUGGAUGGGGACAGAGUCAGCAGGACGUAAACUUGGAGUACCCACAAACCCUUCGGGAAGUGGAGGUGCCCAUCAUAAACAGAGAUGCCUGCAAUGCCCUUUUCAACAUUAACCCAGAGCCUGACCUGGACCCCAAUCCCGUCAAGGAAGAUAUGAUUUGUGCUGGUUACGAAGAAGGUGGAAAGGAUGCCUGCCAGGGUGACUCUGGAGGGCCCUUGGUUUGUCCACGUGAGGACCGCUGGGUCUUGGCUGGGGUCGUGAGCUGGGGAGAGGGUUGUGCUAAAGCCAACCGCCCUGGCGUCUACGCCUCCGUGCCUUACUAUGCCAACUGGAUCUCUGAACAUCUACAAAGCAUGAGCUCUGCGGACUGCAGGAACGGAGCAGGUGAUGGUGAAGGGAAGAACAGUGGACUAUCAAGGACCUUCCCUCUGCCCCUCGUCCUGGGGUGUCUCGCAUUUGCGCUCCUCUGAGAAGCUCAUUUCACUUCCUUCAACCUGAUGGAAUUUCCUUCUUCAAGGUGCUGGCGUUUAGCUAUAUCCAA